AUGGGAAAUUGCUGUGGAUAAUCUUCAAUCAUGGAGUGUCACUCACAAUAAAUUGUUACAAAGGAUUAAAUGGAUGCAGAAUAAGCAAAUAAAGCUGCUUUAACAAUUUAAUGUAAUCCAACUAUUUAUCCUUUAAGCAUAUGUUCGAGGAUACUUAACCAGAAAAAAACAUAAACAUCAUCAUAAAAAUAGUAGUGUAGCCAUCACUUGCACUAAUGAAUACACUUCAUCAAAAAAAUAAAGCAGAUAAGAAAUUUAAUUGGUAGAUCUAAAGAAGUUUAAUUCUUUUUCAAAAGAAACUAAUGUGCCUUAAAAUCUAAAAACUAUCGAGAAGGUGCCAGAAACACUUGAUAAUUUAACCAAAUAAGUAUAGUUAUUCUUUAAAUUUGAUUUUCUUUUUAGUUGAGGAAAGGCCUACCCGAAUUUAUUUAUGAUGCUUGCUAAUCAGAACCAGACUUGAUAACAAGAGGACCUGUACAAGAUGAACAUGAUCAUAUAUAUAUAGGUUAAUGGAAGGAUAAGUAUAACCCUUGGCUAUUUUAGUGCAAAAUGGGGUAAAGGAAUUUAAUACUGGUCAGAUGGUUCAUAUUAUGAAGGAUAUUGGAAGGAUAAUAAAUAAAAUGGAAAGGGAAGACUUAUACAUGUGGAAGGAGAUGUUUAUGAAGGAGAUUGGAAAGAUGACAAAGCCCAUGGUUAUGUAUGUACAUUCCUGAUUAAAUUAGGGUAAAUUAACUACUUCAAGUGGUGGAUAUUAUGUAGGUUAAUGGAUUAAUGAUAAAUAGAAUGGUUAAGGCAAAGAACUUUGGCCAGAUGGAGCAAGUUUUGAGGGAAAUUAUGUUGAUGGAAUUAAAUUCGGUUAAGGAGUAUAUACAGUUGCAAAUGGUUCUUAAUAUGUGGGAGAGUUUGCAGAAAAUUGUUUUUGUGGUUAUGGAACGUAUAAAUGCUCAGAUGGGACUAAAUAUAUAGGGUAUUGGAAAUAAAAUAAAAUGAAUGGAUAAGGAGUAAAAUAUUUAAAUUUAUAUAAAGGAAUUUUAUUGGAAUGAUGGAUCUAAAUAUGUUGGUGAAUUUUUUAAUGAUUUAAGAGAUGGAUAUGGUACAUUUUAUUAUGGUGAUGGAAGAGUAAGUAUUCAAAAUAUCAUUUUAGAUUUAUAAAGGUUAAUGGAAAAAUGGAAAGAGACAUGGUAAUGGAACAUAUAUUGGGAAAAACUAAAUAGAAAAAUAAGGAUAAUGGUAAAAUGGAGUUUUUGUGGUUUGGGAAAAAUAAUUUACAAAUUAAUCUGUAGGUGACGAUCCUUUAUUUCAUUGA